AUCAUUUACAUAAUUUGAGGGAUCUUUACAUUGUGUAAUUUCUGGACAAGCAGUUGCACAGUGGACAAUUGGACGUAAUGCAUCUCGGCAAAUUAAUGCGCUUGAAUUGUUUUUUAGAAAAGGAGUGUAUGACCCGUGGAGAGCGAACAAAGCCGCAGUAGGCUACCACUCGCUGUCAGGACUACUGUUUUUGUUGAUGUCAUCGGCAGCGGUGUUCCGAACCGGAUCGACCGUCAAUUUAUAGUCAGGAUUACUACAAUAACAAAAUAUAGCCUACAAUACAAGUAGUUAAGGUUUUUGGCGCACAGUGGAUAUGGGAGUUCUAACGUACUGUGUUUUACUUUUUCUAUUCCAGCAUUUGACAUCAGCUUAUGAUUUUAAAGAAGGACAAUAUAACAAUGGACAGUAUGAAUUUGUGAAAGAUCCCAGUUUGAAUAUCGAAAAGAGAUCAGCAGAUUUAGAAUUAGAACAGUUUGACUCUGAAUCAUCCGACCACAUAAGGAGCAGGAGAAGCGCGGAUGAAGGGGACUGUAAAAGUCUCCAGGGAUUCGACACCAAAUUGACUAACAACACCCACACCUACUCCUUCAAUGACCUGAGUGGGUCCGUGUCACUGGCCUGGGUCGGAGACGCCACUGGGGUCAUCCUGGCUUUGACAACAUUCCAAGUUCCAUUCUUCAUGUUGAGAUUCGGCCAGUCCAAACUCUACCGAAGUGAGAACUAUGGGAAGUCGUUCCAGGACGUCACAAAACUCAUCAACAACACUUUCAUCAGGACAGAGUUCGGCAUCGCCAUCGGACCAGAGAACUCUGGGAAGGUGAUCCUGACAGGUGAUGUGUCUGGCAGCCUGGGCUCUCGUAUCUUUCUCUCCAGAGACUUUGGGAAGAGCUUUGAGCAGCAGGACCUUCCCUUCAACCCCCUGAUGCAGAUCAUGUACAACCCCAGAGACGCCAACGUUCUCCUGGUUAUCAGCAACACUAACGAGCUCUGGCUGUCAGAGGACUUUGGAGAGAACUGGAGGAAGAUCCAUGACAUGGUGUGUCUGGUCAAAUGGGGGAUGAACAGGAACAUAUUCUUCACCUCCAACCUCAAUGGAUCCUGCAAUGACAGGGGGAUGCUGGAUUUGAGGAGGACAACGGAUUAUGGGAAGACCAUAAAGACCGUUGCCACUAAGAUCUUCUCUUUCGGCCUGGGGGGAAAGUUUCUGUUCGCCUCUGUUAUGACUGGAACUGGCACUCUGAGGAUUAUCCAUGUGUCGACUAACCAGGGGGAGGAGUGGAACAUGGCUCAGCUGCCUCCGGUUGGCCACGAGGAGUUCUAUUCCAUCCUGGCAGCCAAUGAGGACAUGGUGUUCAUGCACGUGGACGAACCAGGAGACACAGGCUUUGGCACCAUCUACGUUUCAGAUGACAGGGGGACAGUGUAUUCUAAGUCUCUGGAGCGUCACCUCUACACCACCACAGGGGGCGACACUGACUUCACCAACGUUACCUCUCUACGAGGAGUCUUCAUCACUAGUGUACUGGCAGAGGACGGCUCGGUGCAGUCCGUGGUGUCCUUCGACCAGGGAGGGGAAUGGGUGCCCCUGCAGAAGCCUGACAACACCAAGUGUGACUCCACAGCUAAAGACCCUGACAAGUGCAGUCUCCACAUCCACGCAGCUUACAGCACGGCUAUGAAGCUGAACGUCCCCAUGCUGCCUCUCAGUGAACCAAACGCUGUAGGACUCAUCAUAGCUCACGGGAGUGUGGGCGAUGCCAUCGCUGUGAUGAAGCCUGAUGUAUUCGUGUCCGAUGACGGGGGCUACACCUGGCUCCAGGCCCUGAAGGGACCUCACCACUAUGCCAUCCUGGACUCUGGUGGACUACUGGUGGCUGUGGAGCACUCUGCUCAGCCCAUCAAAGACAUCAAGUUUUCCACAGACGAGGGCCAGUGCUGGCACCUUCACCAGUUCACUAGCGAUCCCAUCCACUUCACAGGGCUAGCGUCGGAGCCGGGGGCGAGGUCUAUGAACGUCAGUGUCUGGGGCUACAGAGACUCUCUGCUCAGUCAGUACUGGGUAUCAGUCACCAUCGACUUCAGAGAGCUGCUCACUAGAGACUGUGAGGACCAGGACUACGUGCAGUGGCUGGCGCACUCUGAUGACAUCAGCGACCCUAACGACGGCUGUAUGAUGGGUUAUAAGGAGAAGUUCCUGCGUCUGAGGAAGGCCUCCGUCUGCUGGAACGGACGGGACUAUGAGGUCAACAAGCAACCCAGCCCCUGCCCCUGCACUCUGGAUGACUUCCUCUGUGACUUUGGGUACUACCGUAAAGAGAACAGCUCUGCGUGUGUGGAGCAGCCGGACCUGAAGGGCCACAUUCUGGAGUUCUGUCUGCAGGGCAAGAAGGAGCUGCUGCAGACCACAGGCUAUAGGAAGAUCCCUGGGGAUAAGUGUGAGGGAGGAACACAGCCGGAGAGGAAAGAGAUCGACCUCAGUAAGAGGUGUGUCAGUGACCUGCUGGGACGUCAGGAACUACUGACGGAUGGCCAUCUGUCCAGCUCUGCACCCAUCGUAGUGACGGUUCUAAUCAUUUUGAUACUCAGUAUCGUAGCUGGGGUCCUCUUCGUCAAGAAGUACGUCUGCGGUGGAAGGUUCCUGGUGCACAGCUACUCUGUCCUACAGCAGCAUGCUGAGGCCCUGGGAGACGGAGUAGACGAGCCACUAGACAGCAACCACACUCAGGCUGGCAACAAGACCGACUUCCACGACGAUUCAGACCAGGAUCUUCUGGAGUAACAGGAGGAUCCUGCAGCUCCCAGGAGGAACUACUAGCCUCCUGCAUCUACUAGCCUCCUGCAUCUACAAGGGGAAUCUAGUCUCCUGUCUCUCCUUUACAACCCAGAGCCUCCUGCAUCUACAAGGGGAAUCUAGUCUCCUGUCUCUCCUUUACAACCCAGAGCCUCCUGCAUCUACAAGGGGAAUCUAGUCUCCUGUCUGUCCUUUACAACCCAGAGCCUCCUGCAGCUACAAGGGGAAUCUAGUCUCCUCUCUCUACUUUACAACCCAGAGCCUCCUGCAGCUACAAGGGGAAUCUAGUCUCCUGUCUCUCCUUUACAACCCAGAGACUCCUGCAUCUACAAGGGGAAUCUAGUCUCCUGUCUCUCCUUUACAACCCAGAGCCUCCUGCAGCUACAAGGGGAAUCUAGUCUCCUGUCUCUCCUUUACAACCCAGAGACUCCUGCAUCUACAAGGGGAAUCUAGUCUCCUGUCUGUCCGGAGGUUCACUGCUCUACAUUGAAGAACAAGUUGAUCCUAUCUGUACACCCAGAGGCUCGCUGCUGCUCUCUCUCCUUCGCCUCCUGCUACUUCCUCCUUCCCCCCUCCACCAUGACCCUUGACCUCUAACCCCUGCCCUUCCAGCACCUGGCGGAGAGUCCUUCUAAUGCAGCUGUAAUCAGUGAGGUGUUCAAUGAGGCUUUGUGAUCUGAGUGAGACACAGCCAGAGUUCAGCAGGGGAGCAGAGGUCAAGUAGGCUUGUUGUGGUUGAUUUAGAAUGUAUUCUGCAAGUUCCUUUUCUGUUGGGAACAAUAGAGUGAUGGAAUGAUGUGGUGGUUCUGGACUACUGGUGAAUCUGGAAUAAUGGAACUGCUGUGUAGAAGCUGUUUUAUGGUCAUCAGGAGCUUCUCUUAACAACAUCUACUGUAGCUAGACUCUUCAACCAAGUGAAUGUAAACAGCACCAUGACAUUAAGGGUUACACAUGCCACUCCCGUUGCUUGGGACUGGGGAUUUGGGGAAUAUGACGUAUACACUUCUAUUGAAGACAUGUCCUCUUUCACCCUCCCCUGCACUUACAUAAAGAUCUUUCCUUUUUCAUUCAUGUGAUUCGGGGUCGGGGACCUGGUAAGUAGGUUGCAAUUAGUUACUGUGGCUUGGCAAAAUUAUUCUACCAAGCCACUCUAUUCUAAACUAGAUUUAAAUAUUUUGCCUAAAUGAUAAGACGCAAGUGAAAAUAUUUAUAAGCAUUUUAAAGUUGGAUAGCAAUAACAUGUUUAGAUACACCGCAUCAACACGCUAAGCUUUCAUAGCUGGAACCAACCUCCUCCUCUAAACUAAAGGGACGAAUCCUAAAAUGAGAAAUAUGUACCCAACUCAAACAUUCACCUCCUAAAUCAUGCGUUGAUGUCAAUGGGGUGAAAAAUGAGUUUCUUGUAUCUCAAGUUAUGAUUUGGCCGUAUUGGAACAAUAGAAUAAGUAUAUCUAAACAUUGUAUGCAGUUGUGACUGCCUAAAGCAGUAAAAAACGUCUGUUUAGUUUGAGUCAGAGAAGGGAAGUGUAGUGUACAAAUAGCGAUUGGCCUCACGCCUCCUCAUUUCUCAAUAUAAAUGAUGUUUAUGUUUUAAUAUAUUGAGCUAAUCCUACACUAGUGAAAGUAAACCCAAAAUGUGAAGGAAGGACAAUAGGAAUCAAUCAUUGGAAUAAACUGCACACAACAACGUAAACACAGGAACUAAAAAGCACAUUUUAGAAAUGUAGUACAUAGAUAGAUCUGGACAUCUUUUGAUGAAGCCGUUUGUUAGAAGAAAUGGUUUUAUAAGCUAACAAUGUUGUGUGGAUGUCCAGCAGUUUAGCACUGGCGUGCCUGUUCUCAGGGUACUGUAGAUCCUAUCUGAAUAUGAUGAGUUAAUACUACUGAAUCACAUAUUCAUUGUGGUCACCACAUUACCUGAAAGGGUCAUUGACUUAGUUUCACAGAGACAGGGUCAUCCUAGCCUCGGAAGCCCAUUUGGAAGGAUGGCCUUGGGAGACUAGGGUCAUGCUAGCCUCGGAAGCCCAUUUGGAAGGAUGGCCUUGGGAGACUAGGGUCAUGCUAACUGGGUAUAAACACCUGACGGGCGGUUUAUAUAUAUUUUUUCCUAAUACUAUAGUUGGAUGCAAUUGUUUUUAGAAUAAUACAUGUACAGUAGAAGCUAAAUUAAUAGUUCUUGUAGGCUUUUCAUGUCUUGAAUAUUGAAACAAGACGCUGAUAGCUUCCCAUUUGAACUAGGCUACUUUAAAUACCGAGGAGUCACAUGAUCUCUCUCUCUCUCUCACCAGUUUUUGCUGUUUAAAACAUUUGUUGCACAAUCCUUUCCCCUCUCUUCUUCUGUCUAAUACAUCCCUUUACAUGGUGGGCUUCUAUUUAUUUGUAAUGAUUUGAUUCUGAGUGCAGUAAUGUAACUUAUUGUGUGGAUUGAUCAUGGUUAUACAAGUGUCUAGUAUGGGUGUAGGGUCUGUAAUAUGAGGGUAGGGUCUGUAAUAUGAGGGUAGGGUCUGUAAUAUGGGGGUAGGGUCUGUAAUAUGGGGGUAGGUCUGUAAUAUGAGGGUAGGUCUGUAAUAUGAGGGUAGGUCUGUAAUAUGGGGGUAGGGUCUGUAAUAUGAGGGUAGGUCUGUAAUAUGGGGGUAGGGUCUGUAAUAUGGGGGUAGGGUCUGUAAUAUGGGGGUAGGGUCUGUAAUAUGAGGGUAGGUCUGUAAUAUGGGGGUAGGGUCUGUAAUAUGAGGGUAGGGUCUGUAAUAUUUAGAAUAGUUUCUAGGUAUCAGAGCUGUUGGUGUAUCCACAGUUUUUACCACAUUGUCAAUGACACCCCUAGAUUGCGCUUACUCUAGUUAGCCAAUGUUAAUAAUGAUUCCUUGAAUUCAAACCAAUAAUACACAUAUAUUCAGUCUCCUUUUCAUUACAUGGUGACUUGCAAUACCAACUACCCUGUUAUUUUGUAGAAUUGCCCUCAGACUUCUCUCCUACCCUUAAAGCAAUGGAAACAUACAUAACCCAAUUUUAUUUUACUCCCUGAUCAUGCAAUACAGCUUUAUUUGUCCAUUGUGAAACAGACAAAUGCAAUGUUUCAUCAAACCUAUAUUUGGUAUUUGGUUUGUACAUUACUAUACCCACACAGGAUUGAAAGAAUUUGCAAAAUCUCGAUUGGCAUUAGAGCCAAGACAACACAUACUGCGGCUGCUAAAACACUGGGAAGACACUUGUUCUGAAUUAAUUCCUAUUUAAUCAUGAAGGUUUUAUGUAUUGAGAUUUGAAAGGUGAGACACUUUUCUUACAUUUUAAAAUGGCUGUAUAAAGUAAUAAUUCAAUGUGAUGACAGCUCUGUAAAUAUACAAUCGUUACGUCUUUGUAUCUGCUGUGUAGUUCUUCAGUAUAUUUGAUGAUCUUGCUUUGGGUUAUUGACUAAUAAAUUAACUUGUCCCUUUG